GAAGAAGAAGAAGAAGACGAAGAAGGAGAAGAAGAAGAAGAACAACAACAACAACAACAAAAAGAAAAGGUUCUGCUGCUUGAAAUGGGUCCACCGGAGACUUCAGCUGGCGUUGGAGCGGAGCCAGACCAAGCUGAGCUCCCCGGCUAGCCGCUAGCUAGUUAGCCGUUGGCUAGUUAGCCGCUAGCUAGUUAGCCACUGGCUAGUUAGCUGCUCAGCUAGCUCACGCAAGGAUGAUGUUUCCCUUUAGGAUCCCCAAGAAGAAACCAGGUGAGGGCUCAGGCUCCGCCCACUUUCACCUGCAGUCACCUCUGUCCCGUCUGCAUGGCUCCGCCUCCCAGGGAUUUGACAGUACAGCCAGAAGAGGUGGCGCUGGCAAGGUGCAUGCUGGGAAUGCGACCGGCUCCGACGCAGCUGGACUCAGGGCGCCGUGCAGGCAGCCAACCAGGAUCCACGGCCCCAGCAAAGGCGGAGCAUCGACGGCCAAUCACAGACCAGCAGGAAGCUGGAGCAGCCAAUCGGCGCCGAGACAGAGAGCAGAGUCUAACGGAGCGGUGCCUUUAAAGCUGCUGCGGCCUCAGCAGAACUCGGAUCUUCGCUCUCCACCACAGCAGAACCGGGCUGAAUGUUCUGGUCCGUCCCUGCUGAAGAAGACCGUCUCUGUGGAGUCUGCGGACAGUCUGGCAGAGCUGAGAGCAGAGAGGCUUUCUGGGAAGUGGAGUUCUUCACCGCCACGGAGGGAAGAGGACGCCAACAGCAAAAAGAACCACCGGGCCGGCUCGCCGUCGCAGGACGAGUUAAUGAGUCCGAGCAGAAGCAGCACGUCAGCGUCCUCUUCCUCCUCCGUGAUGAAGACGGCGUCGUCUCCAAACAAACCAGCCACCAGGAGAUGGCGUCUGGACCUGAAGGAGGAUGUGCUGGAGACGCAGAGAGACAACUGGAGGCGGUUCAGAGAGAGGAAGACCCGGCCUGCAGCGCAGAACCUGAGACCCAAGAAGCCCAGACGGGUCCCCAGUGAGACCAUCGUGCUGUCCAGUGAAGACGAGCCAGACCAGGAGGACGGAGACGAAGAACCGGAGACGUCCAGCAGCAGACGGCCGGGCGGAGCAGCGCGCUCCGGGGAGUCACAGGUUCCCCGGGUUCCCCGGGCGGCGCCGGCCUUCCUGCAGCUGGACUUCCUGUCGCUGCGGUUCGGUCCGAUGGAGGCCGAGGCUGCGGGCCCCAUGACGAUCACCCAGACCGCCAUCGUCCUCCCGGUGAAAGGGACGGAGGAGACGGAGGAGACGGAGGUGACGGUGGUGGCCUCAGAGCUCCGGGGCUACGCUCUGCAGGACGGAGACGGCGCCGAGGCCGGGACGGCGCCGCAGCGGGUCGGGACGGCGCCGCAGCGGGUCGGACCCGCCCCCUCCCUGCUGGUCCUGAGGGUGUCGGAGGCUCAGGCCAACCUGCUGCACAGGGAGCUGCUGCUCCUGCAGAGGGCUGCCAGCCCUGGUAACGCGCCGCCAGACUCCCUCCUGCUGGUGCUGAAGGAGCCGCUGCCCGACCCGCAGGCCGCCCUGCUGGCCUCCAUCCUGGACCUGCAGGAGCAGCCGGACCGGACCCAGAACCGGACCCAGAACCGGACCCAGAACCGGACCCAGAACCGGACACCUGCCAAGUCGGGCGGGUCGAGUGGCGCUGAGAGGAGCUGUGCUGGUCUGCAGCUGCUGCCCAGCAGGCUGAUCCAGUACCCUCUGGUGCCGUGUAAAGGUCGCAUCGCGGUGACCCAGGAGGACCUGGCCUGCCUGGACGCCGGACACUUCCUCAACGACAUCAUCGUGGACUUCUACCUGAAGUAUCUCCUCCUGGAGGGCGUGGGGGGGCCCGUGGCCCAGCGCAGCCACGUCUUCAGCAGCUUCUUCUACAAGCAGCUGAGCAGGCGGCGAGCCGCCGGGGAGAGCGACGCCCCGUCCAUCCCCGACCGUCAGACCAGACACCAGAGGGUGAAGACGUGGACGCGUCACCUGGACGUCUUCAGCAAAGACUUCCUCUUUGUGCCUGUUAAUCAAGAAGCUCACUGGUUCCUGGUGGUGGUCUGUUUCCCCGGGCUGGAGGACGUUCGGAUCGAGGCCUUCCAGGGGGCAGCAGGUGGAUCAGAGAGAGCUACGCGAGCGCGGAACCUGAGGCCCCAGCAACCACCGCAGUGCACCCAGCAAGGCUGUCAGAGGAGCAGCGUGACCAAGAGGCCCUGCAUCCUGGUCAUGGACUCUCUGAAGCUGUCGUAUCACGACAACGUCUGCCGGCUGAUCAGAGACUACCUGCAGGUGGAGUGGGAGGUGCAGAGGAAGACUCCUCGGCUCUUCACCGCCGACAGCAUGAGGAGCUGCAGCUGCAGGGUUCCCCGGCAGGACAACAGCAGCGACUGCGGGCUGUACCUGCUGCAGUACGCCGAGUGCUUCCUGCGGAACCCCGUCGUGCACUUUGACCUCCCACUGCAAUUGGACGACUGGUUUCCACAGCAACGGGUGCGGCAGAAGCGGCAGGAGAUCCGGAGUCUGAUCCUGAGGCUUCGCCGGGCCCGGCUGAGCGAAGGGAACCAGAACCCGACGCAGAGUUCUGACGUGAAUGUUUAGAUGAAUGUAAUUAAGCUUUGGCCCUGUUUAAUAAAAGAGUCUAUUUAUUUUA